UGUUUUUUGUUAAAUGCUUUAAUAAUUUUGGUCCUUUUUCUAGGCAUUCUUUUAACGAUUGAUCUGAUGCUUUGCAUUUAACGCUAACAUUGUAAGCAUUUUUUGGUUUACCCACAUCUUUCUUUGCCAGAUUUUGGCGUUGUAUAUAAAUUGUAUGCUUUGAUUGUUUUAUUGGGUCUUUCACUUCUUCAAUUAUUUUCUUUGUUAUGUGUUGUUUUACAUCAUUUUCCAAUUUGGUCAUCGUUUUAUGUUCUUCUAGUGUUUUUGUUGCGUCUUCCAUACCUAUUGCUUGUUUGUUUACGAAUUCUAUUUUUUCUUCAUUAUUGUGCUCAAGAGAGCUGUCUAAUUUUGUAUAAUGACUUUGGGUGUCAAGCUUAUUCCAUUUUUUAAUUUUUAGAUUUCCUUUUCCACUAAUCAUUUUUCCUACAGUUGAUUUAUUAAUCCAAAAUC